AUGGCUUUGCUCCAGCGCGGCGGCGAGAGGAGGGUGCUGCAGGAAGCCUGCGCGGAAGCUGAGCGACGGCAGCUCUCCGUCGUUCGUGGCGCUCUGGCGAGUCUCACGAACGCAGAGGGGCAGUGCAAGCAAUGCCCAGCCUGCAAGAAAGCACACACGCCAUGGUUACACAGACUACAAGCUGCUGCCAGCCGAUUGAGGGACGACAUUUCCUCAGUGGCAAGCCUCAGCAAGAGCCUCUUCGACGGUUUGCCGCCUGGCCACUUGCUGCAGGCGUGCCACCUCGUCAACCUUUGGCUGGUGGGUUCCUUGGGCCCAUGCCCCGAGCAACGGCUCAGGCUGGAGAAGGCCACGUGGCCCUGGGACGGGAGGGGGAGCCCGACAGGGCCUGAAGAAGCAGAGCAGCAAGCGGAGCAGCAAGCGGAGCAAGCGGAGCAGCCAAGACCUUGGGAGUGCUUCUGCGAGAGCUCUGAGUGCUCGUAUGUGGAGAUCUACGUGCAGAAGCUGCGGCUUUGGGGCUCUUGGCUCCUUUCCCAGUGGAUGCAUGCAGAGGCCGUUGUGCUCGACGAGCUGAGUUCCAUGGCUGCGGAGCAGCGAAGCCUCCGCCAGAAGUUCGCCCGCAGCCUUCCGACGACUGAGGCGCUGAAGGCUUUGCAGCGGCGGGCUCCCCUCCUGGAGGUCGGGGCCGGCAACGGCUACUGGGCGGCUUUGCUGAAGGACCUGUCCGUGGACAUCCUUGCUUUCGACUCUGAAGGGGCCGAAGAGGGAACGUACUGCGAGGUGUUCCGUGGCGGGCCAGAGGUUAUCUUGGAGCAUCCAGAGCGGACCUUGGUGCUGAUGUGGCCUGAUGAACCUGACGACCGUGGCCAGGGGAGCUUUGGCCUGCAGUGCUUGGAGCACUAUCAGGGCCAGGAGCUGAUUCUUGUCGGUGAGUGGCGAACGAGCACCUUCGGGUCCUAUUUGCCCAACAUCCCUCAACACGGCCAGUCAUUCUCAAAGGAGUUUCAGGACAAGGUGGAAGGUGAGUUCUGCCUGGCAGAAAUCGUCGAGCUGCCGAGGUGGCCCUUGUUCUUGGAUUGCUUGCAAGUCUUUCGCCGCCGGUAA